GCUUUGACACCAAUGGGGCAAUUGGGGUAGCAUUGAUGCUUUAACACCGCCGGCAACCAACCACCGCCCCGCCCACCUCCCGUACCGACUAGCAAUCAACUGUUAAUGUUGGAAUACAGGCCUACGCACAUCCGAGCAGCAUUCGCAUAUUAGCCUAGCGGAGUAUGGGAAGGAGUUUGUCCCGGUCACCGUCUUACUCUAGGCGUAGAUAUUCUCGGUCCCGUUCGCCGGUCAAUCACCGCCAUGGCAGCCAUAGAACCCGGCGGGACCGUAGCCGUUCACCUUACUCAAGCAGGCGAAGAAGUCGUUCUCCCCCUUUAAGGCACAGAAGAAGUCGUUCCCCAACACUAAAACGCCACAGGAGAAGACAGAGUAGGAGUUCCUCCUUGGACUCUCCUCCACCUAGGUCUCGUAGUCCUAGUAUUGCAUCAGCUGAGCGUAGAAGUGCAGCGCAAAAGCUCAAAAAGGAGGAAGAAGAAAAGAAAAGACUUCAACAAGAGGCUGAGCUUAAGCGAUUGGAAGAGGAGACUGCAAAUAGAUUGGAGGAAGAAAUAAGGAGAAGGGUUGAAGAGCAGUUGGCUUCUGAGGAAGUUAAACUGGAAAUAGAGAAACGAGUUGAAGAAGGUCAGAGAAAACUCUUUGAAGAUGUUGAAGCUCAACUUCGAAAGGAAAAAGAAGAUGUUCUUAAUGAAGCAAGGCUUAAAGAAGAGCAAGCAAGAAAAGAGAGAGAUGAGCUGGACAAGAUGCUGGAGGAGAACCGGAGGAGAGUAGAAGAGGCUCAAAGAAAAGCUCUAGAACUUCAGCGUAAAGAGGAUGACCGGCUUCGUGAGUUGGAGCUCAUCCAAAGACAAAAAGGCGUUUGGCUUGGCAGGGGAGAGAAACAGCACUAGUACACUGCGUUUGAUGCUAUGGCUGAAAGAGGAACAAUCCAUUGAUUUAUAUUACCUUUACACUUGAAGAUCAUCUCAUCAUCCCCCAAAAAACCCUCCCAAAUCAGUGGAAAACUCAAAAUGUUGCGUGGUUAUUUAUGGGCAUAUGGCAAUUUCUUCUUCUUUUCUUUUUUCGAUACACUGAUGAAUCCACACUUUACAUAGAAUGCUGCAAUUGCUUGUUCCCUGAUUUUUUUAAUGGAAAAUGCUUAAUGUACUACAUAAGCACACCAUAUUUACAUCACACCUCAAAUUUUAAAUCAUACAAAUUUGUCUGCUUCAUAGAUCAUUGUAUAUGAAUAUAGAUGAAAUUUGUCU